AUGUCGUACCUGGCAGAAACUGAAGAGGUUGGAGGGAAUGAAGGAAAAGCAUUUAGUUUUGAAGGCAGUAAAUCUGGAAGCAUCUUGAGAAAGAUCCAUGUUUGGGUCAGUGACAGGAAGGUGAAAGGCAUUAAGGUGUGGCUUACUAAUGGAAAGCCAAAACAGUUUGGUGAGUCUAGUGGGCGUCGGUCUAAGUUUACAUUUAAAGAUGGAGAGCAUUUCACCUCCCUUUCACUUUGGCCAGAUAACGAUAAAAAACGUCUGGGUGGAAUCAAAUUCCAGACAAAUCUCCCCCGCGAGUUCUAUGCAGGAAUGAAAAUCAAGCAACCAGAACCAGAAGGUGAAGUUGAUGUGGAUGUGGCUUCUGGGGUCUGUUUGGGAAUCAAAGGAAAAGAAGAUAAACUUUUAUUUUCCUUAGGCUUUAUGUUCAUCGACAACAUCAAGUCUGCUGAGCUUUCCACUGUUGUGUAUAACACCAAAGCUUUGGGUAUGAAACCCAAAGUGUCUGAAGAAGUAAUUAAAUCCAUUUCCUACAAGAACAACACUUCUGAAGCUCAAGACUACACAAUUGAGACCUCCAAAACAAUCAUACAAAAAUCCUCCUGGUCUGUUAAUGUCAGAUUAGAAUUAUCAGUCAACCUGAACAUAGAAGCAGAAAUUCCAAUGCUUGUGAAAGGCAGUGGUGGAUUUGAAUUUAAAGUUGGAGUUGAGGGUUCAUAUGCUUCAGAGACCACUAAAGAGAAAACAGAGAGAAUCUCAUUUCCUCUUAAAGUUCCUAAACAUAAAACCGUGAAUGUGAGCAUAAUAAUUAGUGAAGCUAAAGUCAAUCUCCCAUUUACUGGCAUCAUCAAGAUUACCUGCUGUAAUGAUGAAGUGCUGGAGCUUAAAACCAGUGGAAUCUACAAGGGUGUCGCUUACUCUGAUGUACAAGUGGCUGUUAAUGAAAAAUAAAAAGAUUUUAGCAGUCUAACAAGCUUUAAAUUACAUUCUAUAAAUAUUUCAACCACAAAAUGUUAACCACAUGUCUACUUAAAUCUGAUCAUGUUUAAUCCUCAAUGUUAGAGAUGCAUGAAAAAUAUAUUGUGCAUUAUAUAUCACUGUACUCAGUAUCUCAAGGUCUUGCUGACUAGAUGUUUGUGUGUGUGUGUUAGGUGGUUACACUACUUCAGCAUAUUUAAAAUUAUUAAUGUAAAUUUUUGAAAACUUUGUCUACUUUGACUAUGAAGUGUAACACAGUGUUCCACACCAUACUUAUGUCAAUAUCAGUGACAAAUAUUACUAGAGAAAACUUAUCCAUUUCUCCGAGUUCUCUGUAUUUCUUUCUACAAUGUGUGUACUCAUAUUUGUAAUCAGCGGUGACUUCUACAAUAUUGCAUGUUAACGUGUAUCCUGUAUGGGGUGGGAUGGGAGAUUUUAUUUUAUUUUUUCUUAAAAUCUGUAAAAUCUGUAAACCAGUGAAAACAGUGAUUUGAUUUAUUCCACUAGUCUAAUCCAGUAGUUGGAAACCCACAUUUUUGAUUAAUAAAACAUUCUUUACAAAACA